AUGCUAAACAAGGAAGAAACGCAAAAACUUGUAGAAAAAUGUCACCACGAAGGCGUAACUAUAACAUCUGCUGUUAGCAGUGCUAUUCUAUGCGCUGCUUCUAUGCACGUAAAAUCUGAAGACGAUCGUCCAUCUGCAUUACGCAUGUCCAUUGGAGCUGAUACUCGAAGACGAUGUGUACCGCCCAUUUCUAACCACGAUCUUAGUUAUCAAGUAUCAGUUAUUCUUCCGUUCAUAAUACCCACUAGAGAUAUACCAGCGACCUCCGAAGGCAUGUGGCAACUGGCAAAAACAUUCGGAGACUUUGUAAAGACAUCAGUCAACGCUGGUCAAAUUCUCGCUCUUGGCAUGAUCAUGGGGAAAAUCUUUCAGAAGACUUUAGGUCCUCCCAAUUUUUCCGAACUUCCUACUUGUAAAAUCUCUAGUUGGGGUGUUUUACCAUUUUCUGAAGACUAUGGAAGAUGGAAACUUGCAGCAAUGACUCCUUUCGUUAACAUGAUUAAAGGAGCUAUGCCGUUCGCUACAUUACAAACUGUUAAUGGAAUUUUGACAAUUAUGUACGUUGGAGCUGCUCCUCUCAUUCCAAUAGACAUCUUGGAAAAUUUGCGUGAUGACACGAUGCAGAAAUUACAUCAAAUGAUUGAAGACUGA